AGUUCUUGGCCGGAACACUAAGCGUCCUGUCGUGUGCGGUGCGAGUGCGCACGUGUGCAUACGGAUUUGUUUAAGUCUUUAAAGCACUACUUUUGCAUUAUUAAUAUAAUUUUGUCGUUAGUGUAUUUUUGUGUUUUAUAUGUAAAUGUUUAGAAUAAGUGUAUAUAAGUGAUGCGUGUGAUAUCGUUUCGGUGUGUAUAACAUACAAUAAUUUGCCGUCAUAGUCUCAUGUCCGGAGAGUUGCUGAAAAGGUAAAAAUAGUGGCGUCCGCCAUGUUCUCCAGCAGGACCCGGUCCAGUGUUCGACUCAAGGAUCCCAAACAGAGGGAGGAUUCAAAUGUCGGCGGCGGAGGCGGUGCCGGUGCGUUCACUCGCUGGCUUCGGGAGUUUAGACGUGAGACUUAUAAGGUAAAUUCUGCCGGUGGUGCAUCAGGUGGUGGUGGAGGAACUUACCACAGUACUGCGGCUGAAGACGGCAGGCGAAGGCACUCGUUCAACGCGCACGACAAAAGCGCUCAACACCGGGCGGACCAGAGACUGCAGCUGCAGGGUGGCGGCGGUGGAUUGCACUCCUCGCCGGCAUCCAAGACGCAACCUUGUAGGCGAGCAAACAGCACGAUUGUACCAAAGUCCAGAACACGGAACGAUGGAUUGUUCGCUAAGGCCAACUGUUCCGCCGUGGCCACCAUCAGAGAACUGCCCAGCAGCAAGGAAAACCGCUCCUCGCACGGCAACAACGGUGUCGUCAAGUCCGGUCGUGUAACGACCCGCAUGACUGAAACCUGCGACGGACACAUACCUAGACAUAGGUCGUCACUGCCACCCGUGGAAGUCAAGGACGUGGUUUGCGGACACGAAAAAUUUCCUUCCUGUCCGGCCAUCACCGACGCGGCGACGACUGUCAAAAGCAAUGGAAUGUCCGUCACCGCGACCAGAAAGUCCUGGGCGGAAGAGCAGCAGACGUGCAGCAACGGCAUCAGCAGCAGUAAUAGUUACCCGAAGGAACAACCGCCGCCCAUCGUCCGGCCGUAUCCCAAGAGACUGUCCAACGGGCUGUACACGCAACAAGUAAACACUCGCGUGCACAAAAUACCGCCUGUAAUUUUGAAGACAGUGAUGGAGCGUUGCGAAAAGGGCAAACCCGAACUGCUGGACCGGGUGCGGUCGAUGAGAACCAAAAACGGCGGUAGCGGUUACGUGGAAAGGCUGCAUCAGACCGCUGAGAAACAUUUUUGUGUGCCAUUAUCGUCGACAGCAUUAGAUUCAGUGGACCCGAAAUCUCAGCUUACGCAAGCGCAACUCGAAAAGUAUUCUAGAGCUUACGACGACUCGCCGCACCGAGAAACAGACGAGUAUUCAAGCUGUUUCGACGGUAGCGACAGCGCGUUGUCCAGCCAUUUGACCAAGGAGGAGCUGGAUCAUUAUACGCGGAUUUAUGAGGAAAAGUCCACGUCCCAAAUGAGCCUGACCGAGAAAACGGCGCCUUCGCACCAGCACCAGACCUCGUACGCGCAAAGCGAAGGGUACCACAGCUACGUAUCCAGCACCGAUUCCACGUCAACCCCGUUCCUGGAUAGGUUAAGGAGAGACAGCGAAUCCGCCGUCGUCGUAGUCAACAGUAAAGAUUCGGAGAAACCCGCCUCCGCCGCCGCCGCCACUCAGGGGAGGGACUCAAGCGCUAGUUCCGGUUCGUCUAGCGAAACACUCAAGUGGCACGGUUCCAACAGUGACCUGAGCACCGUGUCCAGUAGCGGGCAUCGUGCGACCACCCAGCUCAUUGCGCAUAGCGCCAAGGUGUCGGCGCCUCAGAGACACCACUCCGAAUCAGUACUGAGCGUGACCGACGGUUGGUCGGGCGUCAACGCUCAGGAGCACAGGGUCGGCAACCAGAGAAAUCUCCGAAAAUUGUUUCCGGUUAGCACGUACACGGUACAACCAGCCAUGGUCGUUGACGAAAAGACUUCACCAAAAUCUCCGCCAGCACUGACGGUAGCCGAACGAAUCAACGAACUAGAAAAGCAGCAACAGCAACAGCAACAACAGAUACAGCAAACGCCCAACAAGUUCACAUACUUUGACCCGGAAAAGAAGCAUAGAGUGGCGGACCAUUCGUUGAGGGCCAUACAAAAACGGGCCUUGUUGUCGUUUUACGAAAGGCACCAGCCCGGAUCGUCUUGGAGGUCUGAACCACAGCUGUCACCACCGCCGCCUAGGCCUCCACCGAUACCUUGCCGCCCAAGGUUGCCCACUCCGCUGUCCAGGCGUUCGUCCAUUUCGUCUGAAUAUGACACUCCGGCCACUUGGAACGAUGAUUGUUCAAAAGAUGACAGUUCAGUCGAAGAAGCAAGCACAGCCAACACCAAAGAACUGAAUAAAAACAACCCGCUUAGAAGUUCUAGCUGUGGUUCGUUGUCAACAGCAAUGCUCGGGCCUAUGGUACUUGGACCGUCGAUAUCGAUCGAUGAUUGGGUUCCUGAGCUGCCACCUAAGAAGAAACAGGUCGCUCGGCAGCAGACACCCCAAGCGAAACGUGAGCCUAGUCCGGACCUACCUCCACCGCCGCCGGUGGUUGACGAUGACGAGCAAAUGUUUGUAUCGGAUGAACCGUUGCCUCCACCGCCACCGGAAGCUAUCUGGCCGAAACCCGAGUCACUGAGGAAUGACAAGUUCCUACGCAACGGCAAAGAGAAGAGACUAGAGAGCAGUUUUAGCGCCGUCGAAGACGUGCUUCUUAGUAGAGACUUUAAUGCCGGCUGCGGUGGCGUAUCAGCUGGAUUGUUCCCCAACAAUAAUUAUCACCUGAACGGCCACCAAUAUCAGCACCAGCAUAAUGCGAUGAGCGAAAAAUCAAAAUCGCUGUCUUACAUAUACGACAGUCACAAAGCAGUGCCGCAGACACCGGUAAAAUCGUUUGCUAUUGAACUGCUGCAGCCACCACAGCUGCCACCACCUCCAACGCCAUUACUGACAAGCGCGACGACAACGGACGAUAAACCACUACAGUUUCCGCACAACAACGUCAAGGAAUUUGGUCGUUCGUCGAGCGUCCGUCGCAACAAACUCACCAUACCCAACAAAGACUACUGCAAGUCUGAGUUCUCGGCCCGGAAAUCCGUGUUCCAGGGUGCCGGUGGUUCCGCGGUACCCAAACAACAAGUGGUCAUGUCCACUGUCAAACCGCCUGCUUUCAGCGCGACAAUUACCACGGUCCAGAGCAACGUGGUCAAACAUCAGAUAUGUACGCCUUUAAAAAUUGCCAGGGACAUGGAUAAAAAGGCUGCGGCUGCCAUUGCCAGGUCUCCAUCUGCCGCUAAGAAUGUUGCAGUCGUCGGGCCUCUCAAGUCAUCAGGCGUAUUUCCGCCGUCUCUCGAGCCCAGCUGUCCACCGACUCUCUACCAACAGAGUCAAUCGAAGGCGUCGUACCUGUCGGCAUACAAGAGAGAGCCGAGGGAACGCGAGAAAGGACUUCCUAACUUUGAAGGAAGCUACAAGAGAACGGCCUCUCCGAACAGUGGCGGUCGAGGAGACGCUGCUGCGGCCGUGGAACCGCAAGAUGUGGAAAACGUGGCGCCAGACGGAAGCGAUUGCUGCAACAAUCUUUUGGAUUCGGGCGGCGGUCGAUUGCAAUCUCUGCAGUUGGACCACCACCACCACCUCCACCACUUUAACAACAAUAACAACAACAACAAUAACACAGCAACUAGUCAACAACAACAGUCGUCGCCCGGCAAACAGCAGCAGGCCAUCGACGCGAUGGCCACGGCCGUCACGCCGCCGUCGCCGCCGCCCCCCACGGUGUUGUCCGAGCGGCCUGUCGUCGAUCAGCCGGCGCAACAGCAACAACAACAGUUGUCGAAAACUCUGCCGCGCGCCAACAAUUCGGUGGGACAGGAUUUCAAACGGUCGUCCCGGACGCCCCGCACUCAGUCGGACCCGUCCAACAUGCCCAACAAGGCGGACUCGGCCAUCACCACGUUGCAGCUGAUGAUGAUGCCGCCGCCCCGACACUCUGAGUCCGCGUCCAGCCUGCAGAAACGGUCGCAGUCCGACCUGUCUCAGGUCGGGUCCACCGAGAGCGGCUAUAGCAGCCUGUCCUUGAACGCCCCGUCGCCGUCCCACUCGCCCACCAGACUGUCGUCCGGCGACUUCGUCUCCGCCGCGCCACCGUUGCUGAUCCACUCGCCGUCGGCCGCGGCCACCGCCGUCGCCACUGCCUGUGACCUCGACGAGUGCUGCACUCCUUCUACUUGGCACACGGCUGAGCCCGCGGUCGCCGUGACCGCCACUGACCACCGUUACCGCAAUCCGGUGUCCAGGAGCUGUUCGGCGGUGUCGUCGGAUGCCGCCUCGCAGACGGACGUCAAGUCUGUCGCUGGCGGCACCCCGUCGGUAGUCCGGCGCAAGUCGCCCGAAGAGAUCGAAUGCGAAGAACUGUCCCGCGAUCUCAUCAGCCACCUGUCACCGUCCGACAAACUCCACAACAUACUAGAAAUAAAGGACAAAGCUCCCGGACCGGACGUCAAACGUUCUACUGACUAUGUUUCUCCGUUGUUUCGCAUGGACUUGAUGCCCAGGUCCAGAAAUUCGGUCGCCGAAAAACUGAUCGACUGCAGUAACAUCGACGCCACGAGCAGCACAAACACCUCCACAAACAGCACCUCCUCAUCUACCACCGCCGCCGGACUGUCGGCAAACUCAUCCUACUACACUACGUCCGAACCAAAGGCGAAACUCCUGAACCUGCAGCACUACAGCCGGCAGAUACAAUCGCCGUCCGAAUGCAAUGGAAUCGGAAACUUGCAAAAGAAAAAGGCGGACCUAGUGUCUCGACUAGACAGAAAGCUUAAGGUACUCCGAGAUGAACAAAUCGCGCUGGCUGAAGAGACAACACUGAACGAGGCUCUAGGCGUGUCGGUGGCCGAUCGGGUUAAGUCUGUGGCCAAGCCUCAGGAAGCCAAUAAGUUCAAAACUCACGUACAGGAAGUGGGCCACAUUACCAGCCUGCUGUUGAGCCUGAGCGGACGUUUGGCCCGAGCGGAAAAUGCACUGCUCGACUUGGACGCAGAUCAUCCGGAAAAGAAAGCGCUGGAGGAGAAAAAGUGCAAGUUGACCGAUCAACUAGAAGAGGCCAAGGAGCUUAAGGAAAAUAUCGACAGGCGCGGUGACUUUGUGUCGACCAUACUGAGCCGGUAUCUGACGGCCGACGAGUACUCAGACUAUGAUCAUUUCAUCGCGAUGAAAGCCAAGCUGCUAAUCGACGCACGAGAGAUUGCGGACAAAAUACAGCUGGGCGAGGAGCAGUUGCGCGCGCUCAAGGAAACCCUCGAAGACUAAAAUUAAAUAUAUUAAACGUUAACGCGUUCAAAAUAGAUGUUACAUAAUAAUAUAAUAUAAAUAUAUGUUUAUGUGAUAGGUGCAGUUAUAUAUAUAUAUAAAAAAAAAAAAUAUUUUAAAAUAAAAUAAAUUACAAUAGGAUGACAAAAAUCAUAAAAUAUAAUAUAUUAUAUUAUAUAGUAAAACAAAACCGCAUUUGAGCGUGUGUGCAUGCGGUUUAGGGAAAACUUUGUAGAAAAUAACAUUUUGACUGAAACACAGAAACGAUUUAAACGGGGUUAGCCCGUCAGAUCUCUACAAUCAGAACGCCUCACGUCUUAUCACUUCUCUCCUCCUCUCCCAACCAAUCGCUCGUACGUCGAAGUCGCAUCGGCUCCAUAUACGUGAGUGUUUGUGUAUGUGUGUUUUAUACUUAUUUACUCUCGAACAACGUGUGUGUGUUUUUUAAUAUUUCUGUGUAAAUAAUAUUAUAUCUACUCGAAAUCGUAUAGGUCGAGAUGAGCAUAAUUUAGUCAUAUAGUAUUUUAUUGUUUAACCAUCCGAAACGGUCUUCUCUAGUCGACGAGACCCGUCGCUCGCCCGUCCCAUUGGCGAUGUCCCGUCAAAACAUAAUAAUAAUAAUAAUAAUAUUAAAUAUUGUAACACGAUAUUGUGCUGUAAUAAUAUUGUGUUCAUUUGCUACGGCGUGCGAUAAGGAUUUAUUUUUUUAUUUAUAAAAGAUGAACGGUAAUAUUAUUAUUAAAUCGGAUAAUCAAACUGCUAUUCGGACCCGCUGUCCACACACACGAACGCACCGUCCCCAUCACACCAUUCGCCACUCCGAUUCCGAAUCGCAAAAGUCGCGGGUGUCGAAUGUAACGGAAUAAAUAGGUACAAACGAAUAAAACCGAAAUAAUAUCUAUCAUAUUAAUAUAACGAUGUGUAAUAACUGUAUUAUUUAAUAUUAUUGUAUGUGUGUGUGUGCGCGCGCGUGCGCCCCUUGUACCUCUGUGCAGAGAUGAAUUUAUAAUAAUAAUAUAUCGUAGUUUAAUAUUAUAUUAUUAUUAAUUUUAAAA